GGAAAAAAAAAAGGUAAAAGCGAGAGAGAGAGAGAGAGAGAGAGAGAGCGAGAGAGUGCUGCCUGGUCCUGCUGGAUGCUCUAAAACGAGCAUUAGCAGACGCUCUGAAACUCAAAACCCAUUCAUAUCUCAAAACUCACACCCCCAAUGUCGACCACCGAUUCAUCCGGGUCAGAUUCGGGUCAAGAAGAGAUGGAAAAGCCGCAGAAAGUAAGUGAUUACGAGAAGCAGAGAUUGAAAAGAAUGGCGGAGAAUAAAGCUAGAAUGGAAGCAAUGGGGUUGCAUAAAAUGGCCUCUUCUUUAAUGGGUCGUGCUCAGAAGAAGAGUAAAAAGAGAGAUUCAAAGGGUAAGAGAAAAGUGGGCGAAGAUGAUGAUGAGGAUUAUGAGCCUGUAGCUGAUUCUGAAACUGAAGUCGAUGAUGAUGAUGAGGAUUAUGUUGGUGGGAAUUCUGCCGCGACUAAAUCUAACAAGGCAAAGAAAAAGAAUUCAGCAAGUAGCAAGAAAGUAGUAGCCAAUAAAAACGUUUCGAGCAACUCAAAUUUUGUUGAUGAAGAUGAAGAUGCUGCUCUUUUGCAGGCAAUUGCUUUGUCACUGCAAGACUCUUCAGGUUUUUUAAAUGUGUUGGAUCGUAGUCCUUCAAAAAGCUCUCUCACACCUAAAAAGGACUGUAAUGUUGAUAAGAUAAAGGACUCGCCACUGGUUAAGGAGGAUAGAGGUGGGAGGAAGAGGAAAAAAACGACUAGUAGUAGAGUGCAAAUGACUGAAGAUGAGCUGAUCCUGCAUUUCUUUGAGUUUGACGAAGUGGGACAAGGAAGCAUAACCCUACAAGAUUUAAGGAGAGUAGCUGCUGCCCAUGAUUUUACUUGGUCAGACAAAGAAAUGGCAUAUAUGAUUCAGAUAUUUGAUAGUGAUGGUGAUGGAAAGCUAAGCCUUGAAGAUUUUACAACUAUUGUUGGUCGGUGCCAGAUGAUGCAACCAGUGACAGGCUCAUAAUCUGAUUAGGCACAGGGGGGCCAUCAUUAUUAAAGGAGUGUAAGCCAAUCAAAACACAAAAAAAUUAUCAAAUUUUGUGCUUAUUGUGUGCCUAUGGGCACACACUAGAAAAACCGUAGAUAUAUAUAUUCAUUUAUUCAGCUUUGAAAUUAUCCUGGUAAAGAGAAGUGCAAGUUUUGUCAAGGUUUAAUAUGUAAAUGCGUCUCUGGCACUGCAGCAUUUCAUUUAGGUCGUGAUUUGUAACUCAAGGGCCAAAAACCAGUUCAAUUAUGCGCAGCACGGGAUAUGAGUUAUUUGUCUAUACCUCUCAGAAAAUGACACAGAUUUGUGUAUAUGGGUUCUUGUGAACUUGUGCAUUAGUCAAUAUUUUUAGCAGUUGCUUAUAGUAGUUUUAAAUUGAACGUUGAACUAAUCCAAAAGUGUUGUUUUUUGGGCUUCUGAAUUCUAUUGACUCUGUAUAUUAAGUUCAUUCGUAACUAAUGUUGUUUUUAUA